CAUGACCUGAGCCAAAGGCAGCGGCUUAACCCACUGAGCCACCCAGGGGCCCCUGUUGGGUGUGUUACUUUAAAACCAUAGACGAGGCUCCCCUUGCCCAGGGAAGGACCGGGUGUGACCAGAAGGUUGGCGUGCCGACAGGUCACUCGUGUGGCUGGCCCUUUAUCAGGUCACUGGCUGGCUGGCUUGUGAUGUCACCCCCCAAGUAACUGGAGCCCCUUUGUGAUGUCCCCGGGCCGCCCUGUUAUCAAGGGGUGCAGCCGGCCAGGCCGCACUCGCAGGUCUACAGGAAGGAGGGACGCGCCGGAGCGGAGUAUGGCCAGCAAGGAGAAGCGGGGCCCGCCGGGCCCGGCGCAGGGCUUGGGGCCGCCGCCCUCCCCUCCAGAAGAGGGGGCUCCUGCCGCCGUGGGCCCGGAGAGCAGCGCUCCUCCAGCACAGCCUCCCCUCACCCUGGCGCAGCCGGUGUCCCCUGGCGACCCUGGCUUCAGGCUGCUGCUGGAGGAAAACGCUUUCCAGGCCUUGACCCAAGAGCCUCUGCUCAAAAGGCCGCGCACCUCCCAGGACGCCCUGUCGGUGGGAGAAGGCAGUCUCCUCUGCCUGCCCUUUCCCAAGAAGCUGUGGGCCAUCGUCAACAGCACCCAGUUUGCGUCCAUUUGGUGGGCCAAGGAUGGCACCUGCAUAGGCAUCAACGAGAAGCUAUUUCAGAAGGAGGUUUUGGAGAGGGAGGGUCCGGACAAAGUGUUCGAAACGGACUGUAUGAAGAGUUUCGUCCGCCAGCUCAACCUGUAUGGAUUCAGCAAACUGCGCCGGGACGUCCACACAUCCAUCUGCCUUACCAGCUUUCUCACCGGAGGGGCCCCUGUUCACGUCCUGAGCAAGUUACAGUUCUACAGGAGCCCCUUCUUCAAGAGAGACUGUCCUCACCUGCUCCUGAGGAUGAAGAGGAGAGUGGCCGUGAAAUCCACAGUAAGGCAGAUGGAAAGCAAGCCCGAGCCCGACACCCUGGGCGUCCCCCCGGCGGCACCGACACCCGGCCUGCGGCACGAGGGAGUCCUGUCCUCUGCCGGGGACCCGCCGGAGCCAGAGAGCAGCCCACAGGGCGGCGGCCCCACCAUCCAGGGCAGGAGCGGGUCGGCCCCUCCUGCCACUGCCGGCGCGGCGGCCAGGACCACCGUGGCCGACAUCCGCGCCGCGGCAGGCCGGCCCGUGCACGGCCAGCCCCAGAGUGCCCAGGCGCCCAUCUGCCUGGCGCCGGCCGUGGCCCAGCCCGCGACCUUCCCCUGGGUCUGUGUCACCCUGCCUCCCGCGCAGAUACACCCUUACGCGUCGGGGCUGGGCCUCGCCCCCGGGCCCCCCGUGCUCCUCCCCGGGCCCACCGUGCAGCUCCCCGUGGCUGGGCUGCUGCCGCUCUACCACCCCUGGGGGCCCGGCGUGGCCGCUCUGCCUGGUGUGGCUGCCGGACCCGUCACCCCCGUGACCCUGACCCCUCACCCCCCGAGCCCCUUCCACUGCUGUCCCGACUGCCGCUGUUUCCCCGAGUACCUGCCACCGACCGCUCGGCCCCCCGAUGGCCCCCGCUAGGCACAUCACCGCAGCCAGGGCCGUCUGGUUGUCGGAAAUCAGGCAGGUUAAUAAAAUGUGUCAGAGAGGGAGCCCCUUGUUGAUGAACCCCAGUGCCCUCGGCCUCUGCGAUGUUUCUUUCUUAGCGGCGGGCUAGGCCUCAGCUUUCUGCUUGCGCCGUCAAGAACUUGGCACGACACCCCUCCUGGUGGAUGCGGGGGCCCAGGAGACCAGGCCCCUCGGGGUUUCCGCCUCCGCUCCUGAGGAAGGCCUCCGUGUGCCGCCUGACGGGUCCGAGAAGCUGGCAUCGGGGGCCGAGGGCUCACCGCGGCAGGGUUUUCCUGGCCGGGCAGGCGCCCUUCCCCGUCGUGCCGGGGCCCUUGUAUGACAGGACCUUCCCUUGACCCACGAGGGGAGGUCAGGUCGCACCUCAUAGGAGGGGAGAAAAGGUGGCCCUACCGUCCUCCAGCACCCAGAGGUGGGUGGAGACGGUCGCCGCCGGGUCCUACGGGUUUGCAGCGCAGAGGCUGCCUGCUGGUGUCUGGAGGACAGGAUACAUGGGGCGGGGGGGCUCUUCCCGUCCCUGUCAGAGGAGCUGGUGACAUUUCCCCUUUGUCCCCAGUCGUCCUCUUUCUCUUCCGAACUCAACAUGUCGAGCGCGUCAUGCUCCGACUUGGGAGGAAACAACCUCCGGCUCCUGGGGCGUGCAGCGCCUCGAGGACGCGCACUCCGCACCCCGAGCCGCCUCAAAGAC